AUGAUCCAGCCAGCCAGCGACCCAGCCAGCGACCCAACCAGCCACCUACCCAACCACCCAGCCAGUGAUCCAGCCAGCCACCGACACAACCACCCAGCCAGCGACUCAGCCAGCCACCGACCCAGCCAGCCAGCGACCCAGCCACCUAACCACCGACCCAGCCAGCUAGCGACCCAGCCAGCGACUCAGCCAGCCAGCGACCCAGCCAGCCAGCGACCCAGCCAGCCACAGAUCCAGCCAGCCAACGACCCAGCCAGCCACCGAUCCAGCCAGCCAGUGACCCAACCAUCCAGCCAGCGACCCAGCCACCUAACCACCGACCCACUGGACCGAGGCAAAGCCCUCCGCGGACUGCGUAGGAACGGGCGGCCAGUAGGGGUGCCUGGCGCCGACCGAAGGCUGCGAAGGGGCGCGCCCAGCUGA